AUGUGCAAUUGCUACAAGAAAGUCAUCGUUAACGAAACGCCGAUGUUGUUUUCAGAUGCCAGCGCUCGAGUCGCGCCGAUACUAUCGGAAACUACCGUAGCCUGCGGGGAUCGUCGAGACCUGGGAGGUGCAGCAGUCAAGGCACCCCAAGUGCGGUGGCGCGACCUUCCGAAUAAAGACCAGCUCUUCAUACUCGCCCUCUGUCGGCUAUCCGAGCCUUUGUCGAACGUCUGCCUGCUGCCCUACAUCUUCUACCUCGUGCGAUCGGUACUACCCCCAUCAGACGACGACUCCCCUGAUACCGCAGCGGCACGCAUCUCCGAGUAUUCGGGCCUUCUCGUGGCAGCUUUCCCAUUGGCACAAUCCCGGAUCGGCACCCGCGGGGUGUUCCGCAUUGCGCUCUUCCUGUUUCCGGUCACGUAUAUGACUGCCCCGUACCUGUCGUUGCUUGCAGUCGACCACGACGCAGACGCACGCUGGGUUUUCUUGGGCUUCGUCGUGUGCGCUCAGAUCAUGGCACGCACCAUGGCUAUUCCGAGCACGGUGAUCCUCUUGACCGAAGCAGCCCCUUCGAAGAUAGUAUUGGGAACCGUUCACGGAGCAGCCAACACGCUAGCCAGUCUGGCUCGUGCGGCUGGACCGGCGGUGGGGGGCUACGUGUUUGCUGUAGGGGCAAAGGAAGGAGUCAUUGGUCUCGUCUGGUGGCUGUAUCUGGUGGGUGUUGCCCUGUCCGCGCUGGCUUGGUCUUAUCUCAUGGAAGAAGAAUGA